CUUGCCUCCGCAGGUUGGUCCGAGCUGGGCAUACUCCGGGCCAGGUAUGAUAAUCCUGCGCACAAAGUGGGCUUCAUCAUGGGUAAGGUCUCACAUAAGGCAGGGUACUCCGCCCAGUGGGCGUUCCAUGUCUAGUACUGUUCAUAAUCCAGGUAGUUUCAUACCGUCUUUCUGCCUUUUUUUGUUUUCCAAACCUUCACAAUGUCUUCGGCAGAUGAGGUUCGUGUCACAAUCAGCCCUUUGGACUACAUCCCCCCACGCAACUAUGUCCGCCUUGUCCUUCCCAUCCCGCUAAAGCCUGGUGUCGACGAAAAGCUUGUGUUUGAUGAGCUUCAUGAAGCCCUCCACAAGACCUUUGUACAGGAGCCCUGGGCUAGCGGCAAGGUGUACCGCCAAUCCCCCGACACACCCGGCUGGCGCCCAGGCCAACUCGAGCUUCGCUACCGUGCCACACAGUCCCUGAGUGACCCGCGGCCACACCAGCUCCGGUACCACAAGCUAGACACAGACUGGACGUACGAGGAGCUGCGUGACAGCGGCUUCCCCAGUGAUGCGUUCCCCGAAGAGGAACUCCUCCUCGAUGCGCCCUUCCUGGGUGAUGCAGAUGGGCCCGGCGCUGAUAUCAUGCUAACCCAGGCCAGUUUCCUCCCCGGCGGUCUGCUGCUGGCCCUCACUGCCUCUCACUCAGCCACAGAUGCCUCCGGCAUGAUGGCCCUCUUCAACAUGUGGGCAGAGAACUUCCGGGAGCUGCACGGCCGAGAUGCCGGAGGACGCGUAGCCCCCUCAAUCUUCACCGAUGAAGACCGCGACCGAAGCGUCCCCGACCGCAUCUUGGAGAAGGAAGCCAGCCCGGGUGGCCCAAAGAACAGCUUCGAUGACCCAUGGCUGCGCGGCCUCGUCUGCCUGGACCGGGGCUAUCCCCGUGAAGCAUCAGGGGCUGCCGUACCACCCAGCAUCAAGUCAACAAACGGACACACGAAUGGGCACACAAACGGAUCAAGCACCAACAGUGAGGGCCGCACGAUGCUCAACCGCGUCAUGUUCCUCUCAGCCACGGACCUCAUCACCCUGCAAAAAGAUUGUGCCGCAGAACCUUCACUCGCCGGAACACCUCCCCUCUCUGUCGGCGAUGUUAUCACCGCCCUGAUGUGGCGUAUGUCCAUGAAAGUCCGCUCCGCCGCAGCCAUCGCCCGCGGCUCCCCCCUCAAGGACGAAAUCUCCGUCUUCGAAGCCCCAGUCGACGUCCGGAACAUCUUCUCCCAAAACUUCCCCCCGCACUGGUUCGGUAACUGCUGGCUUCUCAACACCGCGCGCAUGCCCCUCGCCGAGCUCAUCGAUCCAGCUACCUCCAUCGGUCGCGUCGCAGGGACCAUCAGACAGGGUGCCGCCCGUCUCGAUACACAGGCUGUUCACGACGCCUAUACCCUGCUGAGGUCGACGGAUGACCUCUCCCAGAUCGUCGGCCGUUUCGUCGAGCGCCCUGAUUCUUCGGACUUCCUGGUCUCCAACAUCAUGCUCUUCCCCCUUGGCGAUAUUAGUCUGGGCGACCGGUAUUUCGAGAACGGUGGCACGCCCCAGGCGCUCCGUGUGCUGCACGGACAGUACGCCCCCAAUGUCCGGCUUGGACAUAUUCUGCCCCGGAGUACGACCCACGGUGGUGUGGAGCUGAGUGUGAACUUGUUUGAUGAUGAGAUGGCUCUUCUCGAGGAGGAUGAAGACUUCAACCGCUAUUUAGUGCCUAUUCAGGCAUAG